CCCCCCUCCGGGCUAAGAUCAGUGCUGUGAGUACCUUCAAGAACCUGUGAUCUGGACUUUGGUGUUUGGGAUUUUGCGUUUGUCACGGCGAGAUCGUUGUGGUUUCGUUUGACCUCAUUCAUGGAUGCAUAGCUUACGUGAUGGCGCUACUGACCGCAAUGGAUCCUGGAGGUCGUCGGCUGCACCAUCUAUCGGUCUCGGAACCUAGAGCUUACCUCUCUACCACCCCGCGCUUUCCCCUUCCAUUGACCCAACACUACACAUACUACCGCCAAGAUGGAUGUUGAAAUGGGUGAUGUCGCAUAUGACAUCGACAUCGAUGUUGGUUCAGGCGUACAAACAAGCGUGCAGCCCCAGCAGCAACAGCCAGAACCACCUACACAAGGCGACUCGGUACCGGCAGCAUAUUUCGAAGACCUCCAGCCGCAAAAGCCGUGGCCCGAAUAUUUGAAUCUGCAGGGCGUGAGCGAUUUCGAUCCCAACGACCCCCUCUACUACGCUAUGGAGGUACUCGGCACAGAACCGCGCGUCAAGCAACUUCGCUGGGUCAACGACUCGUCGGUGAACCUCGAGUUCUAUAGCGCUGAAGAUGCUGCCAUCGCGCUGAUCGCCUUUACACACCCCGAUACCAACCCAAACUCAAUUGCUGCGCAAACAUCACGACCGGCGAAGCCCUACUCGAAGAAACCAGACAGCGCGUUGACGAUACGAGAGACGAACGCUGGCGACCAGAAACCCAAGGGCGCCGCCAACCGUAGCAACUACUACCAGCGCAACCCAGAGGUAAGAGGGAACAACCAGAGGGAGCCGCGGCGUCGUCAGCCGCCGAAAAGGGACGUUCUUGACUACGGCGACGAGGAUCAGGACUCGAGGACCAGGAGAAGAAGAAGCCGCAGUGGAGACAUGUCAAUGGACGAAGAUUCUGGUGUUGAGAGGCGGAGGAACAACUACCCUCGCAACGACCGAAACGGGCGCGACCGCCGCGACGGGCGAGACAGAAAACCAAGGGAUUCCGGCAGGCUCAAUGCCGACGUCGACUCCUACAGACCUGGCGGUGAUAGUGAAUCCCGGCAUGGCCGCCUCCGAGGCCGCAGUGCCUCUCCUACUUCAGGCGACGAAGGCGACGGUCGAUUCGGCUUCGCAGAAGACAGCAGUAACGUGCGCGCGCGCUACCGCAGCCGAAGCCGAAGUCGGAACACACGGCGCCGCCGCGAACCCAGCGCCGAACGAUGGACCCACGACCGUGCAAACUACGGAGAACGAGGCGUGAAGUCGGAAGCUGGUCGCUGGCAGAAAGACAUGUCCUACGUCGACACAUCGCCUAUGGGCAACCACCGCCGCUCAGACGCUGGUUCUGGUGGCUCCCUGCUGUCCCGCAUGACUAAGGACGGCAGACCUGUCAACUCGCUAGCUAGCAGGAUUACGCGCGACAACGAUGAUGAGCCGAGGUCGCGGUCGCUGGCAAGUCGCAUCACACGCAACGGGGAGGACGACGGGUAUGGACGUUUGAAGGGCGAUGACAGUAUACCCCGGGACUACGAGUUCGACGAGCCCAAACCCCGGCGUGGGCUAGCAGACCGUAUCUCACGAGAGACGGAAGGCAUCAACAUCCGGGGUGCAGGUUCGAACGGUGAUGGAGGCGGUAUAAACAUCCGGGGUGUCGCGAAUACCUCCUAGGUGAUGGAUGUAUCGUCAUGUGCGAGGAUAACAUCUCCGAAAACCGGAGGGUUAUGUUUGCAAGUAGAACAGAGAUGCUCGACAGUGUCUGGGCCUGAGAAUGGGACUGAAUGCCUCCAAGAUCAUAUGUGCGAGGAUUGGAAAACUGGACAGUGGGUGAGGUAUUACUCUACUAUUGCUUGCAUCAGCAGGAGGCAUAAAUGAGACUGCACACACC